AGUAGUGGCCGUCUUUUUCAAGGUUUUGAUGGUUUGUCAGCAACCAAGAACCCCAGGAAAAAGGGACUAACUUUGGACUUUUCCAAUAUUCAUUCCAAGAUUGAUGAUGAAAGCUACCUUACCGACGGGACUCUCGAUUUACCUAUUGAUUGGAUUCCUAGCAUGAGAGGCAUACGAUUUAUGGACCUUCCAAGCUUCCUACGAACCACCAAUCCGAAUGACAUCAUGUUUGAUUUCAUGGGAGAGGAAGCACAGAACUGCUUAAAUGCGUCUACAAUAAUUUUCAACAGUUUCGAUGCAUUGGAACAUGAAGUGUUAGAGGCAUUCACUUCCAAGUUUAAUUAUCCCAACACUUACACAAUAGGGCCUCUCCACCUGCUAUGCAGAAAUGUGCCCGAGAGCGAAGUCAAGUCGCUUAAUUCAAGUUUAUGGAAGCCAGACUCUCACUGUCUUCAAUGGCUAGACCAAAGAGAGAGAGACUCUGUAGUGUAUGUGAACUAUGGAAGUGUGGCAACAAUGUCUGUUCAACACUUCCAAGAAUUUGCAUGGGGGCUUGCAAAUAGCAAGCAACCAUUUUUAUGGAUCGUUCGACCAGACAUCUUGCAGGAGUCAAUAUGUGAAGGUGUGCCGAUGAUAUGCUGGCCAUUCUUUGCCGACCAACAAACGAACUGUCGAUACUCAUGCACCGAAUGGGGGAUUGGAAUGGAGAUCAAUCACGAUGUGAAUAGAGAAGAAGUUGAAGAACUUGUUAGACAAAUGAUGGAAGGGGAGAAAGGGCAGAAGAUGAGGGUGAAAGCUCGUGACUGGAAGAAGAAAGCAGAAGAAGCUACUACUAUUGGGGGAUCUUCAUAUAACAAUUUUGAUAAAUUCAUCGAGAAGGCUCUUCAUUAUAAAGAGAAGUAA